CUGUUUAAAAAGGUACCGCAUCACUUCAGGGGGCUGUAGAGAACUCCUCCACAAGAGUCUUACUUCCAACAGAUCCAACCCUCCAGCCAUCCGUUCUCCCCUUUUUGCACUACAGCUGACAAGACUUCCUUACAGUAUUUUAUUCUGAGAAGAGGCACCGACUGUGUCAAGGUCUCAGAGGAAGAAAAAAACAUCACCAACCGCAGCCAUGAAUGGCACAGAAGGACCCAAUUUUUAUGUCCCCAUGUCUAACAAGACUGGGUUGGUUCGCAGCCCAUUCGAGUACCCACAGUACUACCUGGCCGAGCCCUGGAAGUACUCUCUUGUGGCGGCGUACAUGCUGUUCCUCAUCAUCACCGCCUUCCCCAUCAACUUCCUCACCCUCCAUGUUACCGUGAAAAACAAAAAGCUCAGGACCCCGCUGAACUUCGUCCUUCUCAACCUGGCGGUGGCUGACCUCUUCAUGGUCAUUGGGGGCUUCACGGUCACUCUCUACACAGCCCUGCAUGGGUACUUCAUCUUGGGUGUCACCGGCUGCAACAUUGAAGGAUUCUUCGCCACCUUAGGAGGAGAGAUUGCGCUCUGGUCUCUGGUGGUUUUGGCUCUUGAGCGCUACAUUGUGGUCUGUAAACCGAUGACCAACUUCCGGUUUGGGGAGAAACAUGCCAUCUUUGGGCUGGCAUUCACAUGGAUCAUGGCUCUGACCUGUGCUGCUCCCCCUCUAUUUGGAUGGUCCAGGUACAUCCCAGAGGGAAUGCAGUGUUCCUGUGGGAUUGACUACUACACUCCCAAGCCUGAGAUCAACAACACCUCAUUCGUCAUCUAUAUGUUUGUCCUCCAUUUCUGUAUUCCCCUCUUCAUCAUCUUCUUCUGCUACGGUCGCCUACUCUGCACUGUUCGAGCGGCUGCAGCCCAGCAGCAGGAGUCUGAAAGCACCCAGAGAGCAGAGAGAGAGGUCACACGUAUGGUUAUUGUCAUGGUGAUCUCCUUCCUGGUGUGCUGGGUGCCCUAUGCCAGCGUGGCUUGGUACAUCUUUGCCAAUCAGGGAAGUGAGUUUGGACCAGUAUUCAUGACUGCCCCGGCCUUCUUUGCCAAGAGUGCUGCUCUGUACAACCCAGUCAUCUACAUUCUGCUAAACAGACAGUUCAGAAACUGCAUGAUCACCACGGUGUGCUGUGGAAAGAAUCCGUUUGGAGAUGACGAAGCCGCCGCCGCCGCUGUCUCCAAAACUCAGUCUUCAUCCGUCUCUUCCAGCCAGGUGGCCCCCGCUUGACCUGUACCCCCUUACCUCACUUCAAUGUCCCAUCUGUCCCUGCACAUCUAGGGACCCACCACCGCCAAGCAGCACUAAGUUCUUUUUUUGGCCAAUUCUCUUGACUUACCUCUCCAUGUGUCUUCACUGUAGUGGCACAAUUACACCUUUGGUGGGACUGACAUACUGAAGAGCCAGCAUGAGUAUUUUCAAUCCAUUUAAUCAUGGAAAGUGUUCAGCUGGCUUCACAGAGUUUAACCCGGCAUCAAGGGGGUGUUGUCCGUGUGAUGAUCCAACUGAACACAUUCCAGGUUCCUCACUCCCCCAAAACACAUAAUAGGUGAAAAUCUAAUUCAGCAAACCACACUGCAUGAUUUCAUCCACACCAACUUGUGUUCAAGUAAUUGUUCCAGCUAUAUAUCCCCCAAAAUGCGCUUUAAACAAUCCAUUUUAUGAAUACUUAGGUUAAUUUAGUCAUGAAUAUUAAUAAUUAGAUAUUUCAAAUGAGUUUUUAAAGCCUCAGACAGGACUGUCCUCUGGUCUCUGUCUCUUUAUGGUGACAAAGCUGAGGUUGUUAGUUUGCUUUUGGCAUCAGCUGAGACAUGAGUGUAAACAGAUGGACCUGAAAAGAGCCUCUGCAGGGAGAAGGCACCUCCUGCAAGAGAGCGUGUGUGUGUGUGUGUGUGUGUGUGUGUAUGUGUGGAUAUUUAUUUAUUAGUGUGUGAAUGGAUGUCAGAAUGUCAGCGUGUGAAUUAAAAAUAUAUUAUUUUGUUCAUUGUGUAAAGGCUAGGAUUUUGUGGAAGUUGUUCUGUGUCCCGCAAUAAAAAACAAAGCUAAAUGUCUGCACGACUACUCCUUUACUUGCUUUUUCAUGGGAACUUUUACAAGACUUUCUGAGAAGUUCCAGAUGCUUGUUUUGUGGGAUUUCGGGUGGCUGGC